UAGGGUGGACCAGAUGUCAUGAGUUCUUGAUGAUAGAUGAAAUAUUCCGUGAAAAAGAAUCAUUUUUUGCGUGAAAGAAAUGAAGGAACACAAGAAAUCCGGUGGAACCUAAUCGAAGAGAUCUCAAAUCAUUCGAGUGGUGGAGCUUCCGCUUGGUCGCCUCCAUCCUUCUCCACAACCCCAGUCCCCACUCUCAGCCUGCUCUGCUUCUCGACCCUGCCAGAAUAAGCUCCACUCCGAGCCCCGCACCUUCCGACCUCGUAUCCAAUCAACCAUACGCCACGUGGAGUGUCGUAUUGAGUGUCCGUCACUCCAGGCAUCAGACUUCCCGUGCUUCAUAGAAUUAGCAUCUUCCAAUUGUCCAAUGGUCUUGUAAUAUGAUUUGUAUUCGCUUCUGAAGUUCUGAAGAGCGGCAGAUAAGCAAGUCCCUUGUCCGAAAUGGAAAUUGAAGUCGCCAGUCCUAGGACUGACACGUCAACGGAUGCAGAUACUGAAGAUAAAAACUACAGGUUUCAAUACAGUGGAAUGGCUGCUUCGGAUGGCAAUGAUAAAACAAGAGAUCACAAGACACUUCGUAGGCUUGCUCAAAAUCGCGAGGCUGCACGAAAGAGCCGUUUAAGGAAAAAAGCGUACGUCCAGCAGUUGGAGAGCAGCAGAGUGAAAUUGGCACAACUUGAACAGGAACUGCAACGGACUCGACAACAGGGAACUGUGGUUUCAAGUUCAGGAGACAAAACACAAUCUAUGAGUGGAAAUGGAUCCUUGGCAUUUGAUGUAGACUAUGCUCGCUGGCUAGAAGAACAAAACCGACGAAUAAGUGAGCUAAGAGGAGCUAUUAAUGCCCAUGCGGGUGAUGUUGAACUACGCAUCAUUGUUGAUAGCAUCUUGGCACACUAUGAUGACAUUUUCAGGACAAAAGGAGAUGCCGCCAAAGCUGAUGUCUUUCAUAUUUUGUCAGGCAUGUGGACAACUCCUGCAGAAAGAUGUUUUCUAUGGUUGGGUGGAUUUCGUGCAUCUGAACUUCUUAAGUUGCUUAUAAAUCAGUUGGAGCCUUUGACAGAGCAGCAAUUAUUGUCCAUCAAGAACUUGCAAGAGUCAUCCCAACAGGCCGAAGAUGCAAUGUCACAGGGGAUGGAGGCAUUGCAGCAAUCUUUGGCUGAGACGCUGGCUGGGUCUCUUGGUCCUUCGGGGUCCUCAGGAAAUGUUGCAAAUUAUAUGGGUCAAAUGGCCAUGGCUAUGGGAAAGCUGGGAACUCUGGAGGGGUUUAUCCUCCAGGCCGAUAAAUUGCGUCAACACACACUGCAUCAAAUGAAUCGCAUAUUGACUACUCGCCAAUCAGCCCGUGCCCUUAUUGCCAUUAGUGACUAUUUCUCACGACUUCGAGCACUUAGCUCUCUCUGGCUUGCCCGUCCCCAAGAGUGAAUUUGAGAUAUUGCAUGGUUGGUUGAGCUUACAAGCUGAGGUUUCUUGCGUAACAUCAUGCUGUCCCACCUCUUCAUUUUGUACAUCAUCCCAGAAUUGUAGUGUCGUAUGCGUUUUAUAAUUUGCAUAUUUAAUCUGUUCUUGUUAUGAGAUGGUUUUAGUAAAUUUCCCUUUUGUAAAAGAAAUGUUUUAGGACAUUAAGUUUGGACAUCGUAGAAGAUAUUUCUAUAUUCCUUGGUGAUAAUUGAAAGUGAUGAUAAAUUGAUAAUGAGCUCACUUGACCCCAA